AUGGCGUCGCUGCCUCUGACCGGCAAGCUCGAGUUCGACGUAGAGAUGGACGCAACUCCGGAACAGAUCCACCAUGUGUGGGCACACAGGCCACACCAUGUGCACCACACCAGCUCCGAGAAAGUACAAUCAUGCGACUUACACGAAAGCGAAUUCGGGAAGCCCGAAGGAAAGGCAAAAACAGUGAAGCAUGUGGUCGAUUAUGACCACGACAACAAGUCGAUAGUGUUCACGAUGCUCGAAGGUGAUCUGAUGGAGGAGUACAAGAGCUUCGUGGUCACCAUUCAAACUCUCCCCAAGAAGGAUGGUAAAGGCUGUGUAGCGCACUGGAUUGUGGAAUACGAGAGGCUGCACGAGGGGAUCGGCCACCCCUAG